UCCUGCAUGCAUAGCUGACACGCCACCUACUGCAAAACCCAGCUGCCAGCGCAGGCGGUGCUGCCAGCAUUUCAUUGCAUCGCCAGGCUGGGACGGAAUAAAGGCGUGCUUGUGUGUGGUAGUGUUUCUUUUUUAAAAGGAAAGAAAAAAAUCUCCAAGCCAAGAAGAACAAGCUGAAAUAGCAUCUUGAAAAUGGAGCGUAAAAUAAUCAGAAGAGAAAAAGAAAGGGAGUAUGAAGGGAGGCACAACAGCCUGGAAGACGCGGAGCAAGGCAAGAACUGCAAAUCCACACUGAUGACCCUCAACGUUGGUGGAUAUUUAUACAUUACUCAAAAGCAAACCCUGACCAAGUACCCAGACACUUUCCUUGAAGGUAUCGUAAAUGGGAAAAUCCUCUGUCCUUUUGAUGCUGAUGGCCAUUACUUCAUAGACAGGGACGGGCUCCUCUUCAGGCAUGUACUAAACUUCCUACGAAAUGGAGAACUCCUAUUGCCUGAAGGGUUUCGAGAAAAUCAACUUCUUGCUCAAGAAGCAGAAUUCUUCCAGCUCAAGGGGCUGGCAGAAGAAGUGAAAUCCAGGUGGGAAAAAGAGCAGCUGACACCCCGAGAGACUACUUUCUUGGAAAUAACAGACAACCACGAUCGCUCUCAAGGACUGAGAAUCUUCUGUAAUGCUCCUGAUUUCAUAUCAAAAAUAAAAUCUCGCAUUGUCCUGGUGUCCAAAAGCAGGCUGGAUGGGUUUCCGGAAGAGUUUUCUGUGUCAUCAAACAUCAUCCAAUUUAAAUACUUCAUCAAGUCUGAGAACGGCACUCGACUCGUACUAAAGGAAGACAACACCUUUGUCUGUACCUUGGAAACUCUUAAGUUUGAGGCCAUAAUGAUGGCUUUAAAGUGUGGUUUUAGACUGCUGACCAGCCUGGACUGCUCCAAAGGGUCAAUUGUUCACAGUGAUGCACUUCAUUUUAUCAAGUAAUUACCUGUCUCACGAACAAAGGCAACAAGCAUGCAGCCAGCAAGCUUCGGAAGCCACAGAAUCAAAGGCGUCCCAAACAAUGUGCCCAGCUAGCUUGUCCCAGAGCCCGGCUGCUAAUCAAGUACUGUGAGCUAACGGUAUGUAAAUCUAUCAGUAAAGAUGUCCUUCUCUGGGGUGUUCUGCCAUCACACUUCUACCUACGGUGAAGCUGUGGUCCUUCUACACUGUAAAUAAAGACAAUGCUUUUGCUAUUUAUUUUUUUUUUCCCAUAAGCUGUCUUUCAAUGAGAAUGUCUUGGAUACUUGCACCUAUCAUUCACUAUAGCAAAUGUUAACAACAUAAGGUUCAAAAAUCCUUUCUACUUAUAGCAAAAAUCUACAAAGACGCUGAACUGGUAAAAUAAACAUGGAGAGCAAAAUAAAUGUACAAAGCUACUUAAGCAAAGUGACAGUGAAUCAAAAUGGGAUUGUAAAACAUAUUUGAGCUAAUAAUGAUUUGACUUUAAAUAGCAGGCACCAAAACCUUUAUUACAGUUCCUGUAUUUCAUACCAGAAUUACGGAUAAACUGAUAUUUUGCUGAAAAUUCCUAGGAAACUAACUGCUUGAUAACAAUAAAAAAUAAAUAAAAUCGCUGCUAGCUUCUUUGCUUGUAUUAAUGAUUGUAAUAAAAGUUACGUAUGUCACUUUAAAAAUAAAUAGUGCUACUUGAUGAUUGUGCAGGAUACUCUGCACCAAAGCAA